CCCACUCUGCCUUACCUCUUCCACUACCUCAUUCCUCAUCGGCAAGCAUCCUACAAUAACCUCCGAAACCACCACAGAACUUGACGGUAACGCCUGGGAGAGGAUGAACUCAAUUUUUGUUCCCCUGAAUUUCCCUGUUCUGACCACCUAGUUCUAUGUUACCUAUAGAUCAAAUUUAUAAAAUUUUAGAAAAUUAACAUGAUAAACAAAUUUGUCUUGAGGUUAAAUAAGUCUUUAAAGAUACAUCAGCAUGUGAAGUUACUAAAUUAUUCAGCAAUGUAUUGUAUUUCACAACAGUAUAAAGAAUCUGAAGAAGUUACUUCAGGGUUUAGAUAUGCACGGAAGCAAAUAUAUAAUUCACAAGUUAAUAAUAGACCUGUCAGCGAAAUAUUAAAACGUAUGUAUGAAUUUAGUGAAUUAAUGCACAACGAAAGCGUAGUAAACUCUAAACAAUUUCUACGUUUAUGUAUAAUGAUACAAUAUAAUGUGCGAAGUUUAAGUAUACAGAAUAUUUUUGACGUGUUAGAUUUCUUAUACUCUUUAAAAGUUCCAACUAACACUGUAUUAGUUGAAACAUUACUUCAGCUUUUAAGAGUUCAAAUAAAUACUUUAACAUUAUCACAAAUAAGACGUUUAUAUCAUAAGUUGAAACGCUUGGAUGAAACAGAACUAAUAAAAGGUCUGUUGUUUGCUUUGCCAAUAGUCUUUGAAAAUCGAAUAAAAAUUGAACUUGAUGAAAGAAACAAAAAUAAUAUAAUACAGGCUCUUAACUUUGCAACUCAGGUAAAAAAUAUGAACUUAGUUAUAUAUGCCAUCAAUAAGUUAUAUAAAAAUAAUGAAACCAAAAACAUAUACGAUGCAGUGACUAUUUUGCAUGGGCUUAUUUUGAUACCAGAACUAAAUAUAUUAGAUUGUAAACUUUUGAACCAAAUGACUGAUAUAAUAAUUAACAAUUAUGAGACAUUAAAUUUUGAAGCAAUCAGGUUUUUACUUGUCCACAUUGAAAAAAGACAUAAAAACAAGCAAAUGAAGAAUUCUUACUUUGAAAAUUUGGUACAUACAUUGUAUCAUGUUAUGAAGAAUAAAAAUAUGAGCUUUGACAAUGACAUAGAAGUUUUGAGACUUUUAAAUAGAAUAAAAUAUAGAAAUAUAUCUUUCAUGGAUUAUUUAGCACAAAAAUGUGUAGAAAAUCCUAACUUAUUAAGAGAUUGCACAGCAGGACAAAUGAAUUCUUUUAUAAAAGCCAUGACUAUAUCGUCUUACAAAACAACAUAUUGGGAAAAAUUAGAACCAUUGAUACUGGAUUUUGUUUGGAAAUGUGAUUUUGACCUUGCAGUAUUAAUUACUUUCUAUUUAUUGUCAUUGGAUUACUAUAAUGAAAAACUACUUAAACAUGUUUUUUCUUCCCGUUUUUGCUCAGAAAGUAAUCUGCUAGAUGUAGGAAUAAUGAGUUUUCUCAUAAGACUAUAUCAGUGUGUUAAAAUUUUAUAUCCAAAUUAUCAGGGGAUAACAUUAAGUCAGAAUGUAAUUGAUCAUUGUAUACAAAAGACAACAGUACAUUAUAAUUCAUUCUUAAAAACGUGCUUAGAAGAUAUGGUAGGAGGUGGUACAUUUGUGGGAAGUAACAUGACAACAAAAUUUGGCCACCAUAUUGAUCAUAUUAUUAUAUUAAAUCCAAAUGGUUUUCCUGUGGUUAUUCAGUAUGAUAAUAGUAGAUAUAUUGAAAACAUAACAGCUCCCUUAGAAUAUUCCAGAAUACUUAUUUUAUCUGUUCCAACGUCAGUAAUUUGUAAAAAUUCAGGGAGAUAUCAUUCUACAUGGGAAAUAUGUGUGAAAUCACUUGAAAAAUUAACAGGAUAUACGAUUGUUCAGAUAAGUGCAGAUACAUGGUGGAGAUUACCCAACAAUGAAAAGAAAUCAUAUCUUUUAAAAUUACUUCCAAAUUUAAAAGUAUGUAAUAAUGAAAUAAGAAAAAUUUAAUUUUAGAUAUAGUGUAAUUAAUAAAAAUUUUAAUGUAAAAGAGUGUAAGUAUAUAUUAAUAAUAAUAAUUCCAUUUUGAAUACUUUCUAGGUGCAAUGAUUGUAAAUACCAUUAUGUAAUAUUUGUUUCGUUAGAUUUUUGGGAAAUUGGGAUUCCCUGUUUAAAAUAAAUUGACAAUAUUUGUACAUCAAUGUAACAAUUUAUUUAUAUGAAAAUAUAACAUCAACAAUAAAAUUGUAUGAUUUCGGCCUUUAUGUAUCUCAUACAUAUUCCUAAAAAAUAUCUGUUAUACUAUAAUAAAUGAAAUGUUUGAUGCGGUACUAAUUUUAAUA